AUGAAUAAGCAACAAAUUCUAUCUGUAUUCGACAACGUUCAUAAUUCGGAUUCGAAAUCAGUAAAAGACGAGAAGAAUGAUUCAACAACAAUCACCGCAGAUGACUCCAAUGAUGAUACUAUGUCGGAGGAGGAUGCACUACAACAAGAUGUCGAAGAAGAUGAUCACGAUCCAUUAUGUCCUGAAAAACGAGCAUCUAAAAAUUCAUCUAAGAAAGCUCGUACAAGGAGGAAACUGAGAAGACAGAUCAAAUGGUGGAAAAAAAUGAAAAGAACAAAAGCGAAAGAGAAACCAAAACGUAGACAUGCCGACAAGAGAACAAAAUCUAACCCAGUUCUCGUGAAUCAGAUGAUAAACUCCCAACUAACAUUUCCUGAUUCCAAUUCAAAGUAUCGAAUCACGAAAGGCUGUGCUACAACGAAAGGUAAAAUCCGCAAUAUUGAGGGAAUUCUAACGAUUGACACUGAAGCAGGAAUCACCAUUAUCAGUUAUAACUAUUGGAAACUAAUCGGCGCAAAUUCUGAUUCAAUCGAUCCUUAUUUCGGAGCCGAUGUAGUUGGACCUGAAGGUAGUUCAGUAGAACCAGUUGGAUGGGUAGAAGCAGAAAUCACGGUAGCAGGACAAACUAUUUAUCACCCAUCCAUCCUAACAAAAAAGUUCAAUCAGUUAGUUCUCCUCGGAGCAGAUUUCCUCCACAAAGCAGGGAUUGUCCUGGAUAUUCGAGGCGGAAGAUUAUGGCGAAAAUCUAGACCAACUGAAAAAUAUCUUCUAUUCAUGGAACUAUAUCAAGCUGGUCGUCUAGAUGUCCCUGUUUAUGCAGCUGAGAAAAGAAUCAUCCCUCCUUAUCAUGAUACCUAUCUCACUGUCAGAGUCCCAUCAGAUUUCGAUUCGGACCAGUGGGAAGCUACCACCACCUCCUUUCCAAGCAGAAUAUCUACCGCAAAUUGUUUAGUGGUCGUUAAAAAUAAUUCUACAGCUUUACAAAUAGCAAAUCUGACCUCACGAAGACAAGUCAUCCAUAAAGGGCAAAGAUUGGCUUAUCUAGAACCAUUAGCAAGCCAAUGGAUCACACCUUCAACGGGAAUUCUUCAACCACAAUCACAACACUAUGCAAUCCAUAAUCCCGUCGAUGAUCAUAUGGUGAAUAGUGAUUCCAUCAUACUAAAUUCUGUAAAUAGUGAUGACAAACUAAGUCACAACAACAAUAUGUAUGAUGACUGGAAUAACGAUCAACAUGGCAACGGCAAUACUGGAGAUAUUCCUCAACAUCAUUAUAAUAAUACUAUCAAUUAUUAUCAAAAUAUUAAUACGAAUUCAUUAAUUAAUGAUGAUUAUUCGACGGAGUAUCCGAACCCAACAAAACAUCAUGGACCAGUAGCAUCUGAUCCAACAUUAGAACUGGAAUCGCUGAUGCCAGUCAUAAACAAAGAAGGAUUAACUCAUGAAAAGAUACAUAUUGACACAUAUAUUGACUCACACAAUUCGAUGGGAGAAGUUGAAGAGGAAGGUAAACAAGAAACCGAACAUGAAAAAGAAGAAAAAUACACGUAUGAUGUAGUUGAGGAAAAUAAGGAAUCUUAUAAUGUAUCUGCUCCUUCUUCGUCUCAGGCGUCGGAAAGCGAGGAAUUUCGGGAACAACUUUUGAGAGACUUAGAUCUCUCCAGUGCUUCUUUAAGUGAUGCCGAGAAAAAACGUUUGACUGAUUUAGUUCUCAAGUACGCCGAUCUAUUUACUUCACAACCGGGACGUACUAACAUCAUUAAACAUUUUCGUCGACUGAACGCAGUCACUGUUCGAGAUGUCUAUCCCUUGCCCCGGACAGAUGAUACUCUCGAUGCUCUACACGAUGACCAAUUCUUUAGCACAUUAGACUUACGCUCAGGAUUUUGGCAAAUAGAACUCGAUGAAGAAAGUAAAGAGAAAACGGCUUUCGUGACUCACGAGGGAUUAUUUCAAUUCACCGUGAUGCCGUUUGGGUUAACUAAUGCACCAGCUACAUUUCAACGUCUGAUGGAUUUGGUUUUAUCGGGGCUGAAACGGCGUUGUUGCUUAGUUUACCUAGAUGACGUUAUCAUCUACUCUUCUACUUUCGAUCAGCAUUUGAAGGACAUUGAUGAUGUCUUGGGUAGAUUAAGUGAAAGUAAUCUUACUUUAA